UUGACAGUGCUUAGUAAAUAUAUUAUUAUUUUUUGUUAUGGAAAACGAAAAAUAACAAAAUAGAUGUUUACAUAAAUAAGAAAACUAUGAAGCCAAACGCAAAUGAAAAUCCUUCAGCAAAAUCCUCACUUAGUAAAUCGAUGAAGAAAUCAACAAAGUCAAGAUCUAAAAAUUCAAAAUCAACAGCAAAUAAUGCAAGCCAAAGCCAAAAGGCCGCGACACCUAAGGUAAAUCCGCAAGAGCCAACAGCUUCAACAUCAGCUAGUACAGCCACAUCCGAAGAUUCAAAAGAAUCUAAAGGUGAAAAAUUUAAUGGCAAUAAUCGAAUGUCUGCAUUUACCGCCAAAUCUAUUAAAAAUUUUUGGGAACAAUAUAAUACUCAUGAAGUUGAUGUUAUGCCUGAGGUAUUUUCUCGUUUGGCAGAAGAUGCCACAUACAAGGUUUGUGAACUGGUUCAGAAUAUAAAAAUAUAUGCUCGGCAUUCUGGUGGAAAAGUUACCUAUGAUUUAGUGAACGAAGUACUUAAAGAUUCUGAUGUUCAACCGAUAUUAGGGGCGGGAGAAAUGGAUUUUGAGAAAAUUGAGCAUGAGGGGACGUCUUAUUAUUUCGACAAUGAUAAUAUUUUAGAACUAAGAGAUGAAUAUUUAAAAGAAUAUGAAACUAAAUGCGCAAUUAAAUCAGAAAUUUCUGGAUCUUGGGUUCUUGAUAAAAAGCAUUCUAAAUUGUUAAUGGAUUUUACCUUUUGUUUAAAUAAAGCUAUAUUUUUGGGUGACAACGAUGCAUACAAAUUUGGUCUUGAUGCUGCUGCAUUUGCACCACAAAUUGGAUGCUGUCUUGGACUUUUAUUUAGAAAAUGUAUUGAAAUGCUAGCUUUUGAUCAAAAAUUUGGUAUCGUUGAAAGAUGCUUAAAAUACUUACAAGCACUUUCUAUAAAUAUUUUUGCAAGAGAUGCUCUUGUUAGGCAACAUUUAUUUCAUCUAUCAGAAAUAAUUGUCUGUCUUUUGCUGGGGACAUUGAAAUCUAUACAACCUAGCAUUAAGAAAGAACCGAAAUUAGAAAAAAAAGAAGCGUCUUUUGAAAUUGUAAAAAAUUAUUUGGAAAAUUCCGACACAGAUAUUAAAAAAGAAGUUGUGGCGCUAAAUCCAGUAGACGUGGAUGAUAUUCGACAGGAAUAUGAAGCGUUGUUUCAAAUGAUGGAACGGGAUGGAUUCCAGGAACGGCCAGAUAAUUUUGAAGAAGUUGGUAACGUAGAAUAUAUCAGACCUACUGUAGACAUUUGCGAUGGUAUAAAAGUUGAGCAAGAUAUUGAAUUAGAACCAAUUCAACAGCACCAACAGCCAAUUUCAAGUGAUCAAACUCAAUCACAAAUGUCUGUAAAUCAAAUACAAUCGCAACAACAUAUUAAAGUAGAACAAUCAAUUGGAAUGGAUCAAACUCAACCGCCAAUCGGAAUUGAUCAAACCCCACACAAUAUAUCAAUUGAACAAUCUCAACAACAAAUUGCACUUGAUCAAGCCCAACAACAACAAAUCAAUGAGGAUUUGUUGCAAAAUCAACCUAUUUCAAUUGAUCAAAUGUCUCAAGAAACAUUAAAUUACCAAAUUUUGGAUGAGCCAUUCACUAUAGUUAACGAAGAACAUAUUGUUCCUGAACAAACAACAGAUGAAAUGAUAGCUGAAGCAAUCAGCUUACAAUUUUCUCCGUACCAAGCAAAAAUGGUAGAUUUUCAAAAUGUUGAUAUAGUUUGUGAUACAUUAGGUAACUUAGGAAGCCAAUACGGUUACUUUCAAACCGAGUGCAUUUAUCUAAUACAAAAAAGAAUGGAAAAAUUUUUUGCAAUUAAGGAAGUAUUUAAUGAUAAUGAUUAUCAAUAUAUCAGCAGGUGCUUUCGAGGCUUAAUUGCUCUUGGUGAAGCUGGAAUACGAGAAAUCCUACCAUUUUUAGAAAAAAUUAAUCCUGAUUUAAUAAAUGAAUGUUAUCUCAACGACUUUUCAUUAGCAGCUGUGUUUCUUAGAGGUCCAAUAGAUAUCUUUUUUUAUGAGUGGUUAGUUGAGCUAUGCCGUGAUAAGUUGCAGCCUUUUAUGGUGUUUCAUUAUAAUUUUCAUGAAGAUUUAUUGAAAGAACGGCUAGAAAAACAACGGCCAGCGGGAUAUAAAAUUUAUUCGAAAAUACAAUUGAAAAGCAUUGAAAAAUUAACAAGAAAUAAAAAUGAAAUUUUAGAUUUGCAUUUUCCAGAGAAGACAAUUAUAAAAAUGCAUAAGAGAAUUGGGUUUAAAUUUUCUGGAUGUAGGCCUGUUCUUUUAAAACCAAAAGUUCAAACUCAAAAUUUUAUUCAAAAGCCUCUACAAUCAUUUAAUAGCAAAAUAAGAAUUGGAAAAAGGAAAUUAUUUAAGCCAUUAACAGAUAGACCAAAUAUUGGUAAUUGUUAUAAUUAUUGUUACACACAAAUAUAAUAUGGAAUGUGUAUGUAGGUAAAAACCUAUGUACCUUAUUUAGGUACCUACUUUAAAAUUUUAAUUACUAAGAAAUUAAGUACUAUUUAAAAUUAAAAAAUAAACAUUAUUAUAAAAUUAUUAUGGAA